AUGCCGUUUGCACCUGCUCUUGGACAUUUAGAACUUCGCUUCCAUAAUGUCUAUAAUCAACCUUCAACUUUUAGGUCGAAGUUCUUAGAAGUACAAGAGUGGCCAACAAAAGUUAAAUCAUUGCGUUUUAUCGCUUACGACCAGUUAAUGGAUACAACGAGUUUCUGCGCUUUUGUGAAACGUUUUGCUUUAUCGCUCAAACAUCUAUCAUUCUACAUCAGCACACAGCAACGUUUUCUGAUGUCGACAUGGCGCACACUCGAGAAAUUUUUACUUGAUUAUUUAUCAAAUUUGAACCAGAUCGAUUUUUGUGUCCACAGUGGUGUGGCGAAUAUUGAAAUAGAUCGUCGUCGAUUAUUUGAUCGUUGGACAAAAAAACAAGUUAUCUCAGUAUUUCAUUCUCUCGAAUUUCAUACCCGAUUUACAAUUCCAUUCGCUUUUGACCGACUCGAAUAUGUUUCUAAUGAUUUUGUUGACUAUCGCUGCAAUCGUUAUCAAUCUAAUGUUACUCUAUCUCUUUCAUCAAUUGUCAUGAUCACUUUUUAUUCCAAAGAUAAAUUAAAUCUGAGUCUAUUCAUACUCAUACAACGGGCAUGUCCGUCUUUACGUUAUCUUCGUUUUAAAAAUUUUUGUGAUUUAACUGAAGAUUUAAUUCAAAACACAAUAGUGACGUUACCAACAGUCACUGAGCUUUGUCUUAGCGAUGUUGCAUCUUCUAUCAAUUCUCCUGUUCUACAUCGUAUUUUCUCUCUGAUACCUAAUCUAAAACAUUUAACUACUCAAAGACAUCAUAUUACUGCUAUUGACACCAUGGAUAAUGAUACCAAAAUGCUCAGACAUGUUAAAGUAACAAUCGUUGAAUGUAGUUCAUCGAUGAACAACAAUCAAGACAAUUAA